ACAGAGCCCAGGAGGAAUUCCUGGAGCUGCUGGAGCUCCUGGUCUCCCACGCUCGCACCUACGUCUCCUCAGUGGCUGCCAUGGAGGAGUUCCACCUCAGCCUCUCGCAGUGCGUGGUGCUGCGCUACCACUGGAUAGACCCCUUCGUCCGCUCCCUCAAGGAGCAUCUGGCCACCUUCCACAGGUUCUUCUGUGUGGCCGACCAAGUGAAGGUGUACACCAACCAGAACAAAACCAGGACCUUUAUUGGCUUGGAGGUCUCCACUGGGCAUUUCCAGCUGCUGGAGCUGGUCUCGGAGGUGGACAGAGUUCUGGAGGAAUUUGACCUUCCCACAUUCUACAAGGACCCGUCGUUCCACAUCAGCUUGGCCUGGUGCGUCGGAGACCUGUCUGGCAGGCUGGAAGGGCAGUGUCUGCGGGAGCUCCAGGACAUUGUGGAUGGAUUUGAGGACUCAGUGCUCCUGCUGCGUGUCCAAUGGGAGGAAAUCCGCUGCAAGUCUGGGAACAAGUACUUCUCCUUCCCCCUGAGGUAG